CCACUGAUAUAUAUUGCACUAGGAAGGCAGCCAUGAAAGUGGUACCUUGAAGAGAAGGCACUGCUGCCUGACCUGAUUUUCCCUAUAGUCCAGGGUGUAGUGUAGACUGUAGAUUGAUCAUGGGCAUCUUGCCGAUGAUGUUCGCUUUGCUGGUAAUCUGGUCACAAGGAAUGCCAAUAGCUCCGGAGUCCAGAGCUGUAACAAGCCAGCCGAGCCCUGAGGGGAACUGGGCGCAACCAUCCCGUGCCAGUACCACACUUUAUGGUUGCCCGUCGAGCUGCGGCAAUCUGAGCUUUGCCUAUCCCUUCGGCAUCGGAUCCAGGUGCUCCCGUGGUCCUGACUUCAACCUCACUUGCAACGACACCACUCAGCCGUCCAGGCUUUUCUUGCGCGACGGCAUCACCGAGGUGAUCAAAUUCGGCAAUCCUCUUUUUAGUUCAAACUUGAUCCAUGCCUCGUUCUCGCAUACCAUCCCCAUGAAAUCUGGUGUUAGUGUCUACAACUUGCCUUUCGAAUUGCCUGGGAAGUCAUUCUCUCUUGGGUCCAUUGCUCUUAACAUUACCGGCUGUGACCUGGAGGUAUACUCUAUCGGAAACAAUGCCACCAUGUUAAUAUGCAGCACUGUGUGCUUGGACCCAAGAAUCCCAGAGAUGGUGGCUAUGCAGAACUGUAAAAAUACCUCCGGAUGCUGUCGUGUUGAUGUGGACAGUGACCGCAGUUUUCAGUUCAGAUUUGUCUAUAACCAAAGCAAAAGAAACAUUGAUGCACGCCCCAACCAGACCUCUCAACUGUGGGAGAGAAUCAACAUAACAAAUGAUUGGCCGAGUGGCUUUCUGCUAUCGUGGCAGAUAGUUGACCAAUCCAACUGUGCUGCUGGGAAGAAAAACAUGGCAAAGUAUGCCUGUAUCAGCGAGCAUGCCAUGUGCAUUGACAGUACAACCGGAAGCCAUGGCUACAGCUGCAUGUGCAGGACUGACUAUACAGGUAACCCCUACAUUCCAGGUGGUUGCUCCAAGCCCAAUGACAGUGGGUAUAAUCCAAUUCAGUGCUGGGCACGUUGCACCCGUUUCUGUGGUAAGACUAGUGUGCAAUUCCCAUUCGGCAUAGAAGAGGGUUGCUUUGCAAGUGAACAGUUCCAGCUCAACUGCGCAAAUCUGACGUCAUCACCUGCUCUCAUGCUGGGGAAUGCCCAGGUCUUCGAUAUAUAUAUUGAAGAAGGGACCAUUAACGUCAACAAUCCCAACCAACAAGGGAGAUCUGUCAUAUCUGAAUUUUUUCUCUUUCCUAUUCCUUCUGGGCCAUUCUCCUCUGUGCAAUGGUUUGCUUCUAAUCUCAGUUGUGCAGAAGCCCAACAGAGUAAGUUUGAAUAUGCUUGCUUGAGUAUCAACAACAAGUGUGUGGAAGUAACUGUUAAGGACAAUGAUUCUGUUGAUAGAGGGCCUGUUUGGUUGGGAACUAAAAUGGCCACGCCUAAGUUGAGAGUCUAUGCUGGUUACCGCUGCAAAUGCUCAGAUGGGUUCCAAGGAAAUCCGUACAUCCAAAGUGGUUGUGAAGGUAAUCCCUCCAUCCUUUCCCUCUUCACGGUCACGGUCCUAACUCCACCAUUGUUACUAGCUAGGAGUAUUUCCAAACUCUUUAAAAUAAAGUUGUACAGAUGUAGUAGAAGCAGUGUUUUAUUGGAAUACAUUGACCUUCUCCACCAUCGCACCAACUCGAAGAAGUUGGCGCUCUCGGUUGCUCGCUUCUUUCUAUCACGGAAGAAUUAUUUCCGGAAGAACCAAGGUCUUCUCCUAGAAACAUUGAUAUCAUCUGAUGAAACUGCAAAUGAGAAUACUAAGAUUUUCUUGCUAGAAGAGCUGGAGAAGGCAACAAACAACUUUGAUCCUACACGUAUUAUCGGCCGUGGGGGCCAUGGCAUGGUUUACAAAGGCAUAUUAUCUGAUCAGCGUGUCGUUGCAAUAAAAAAGUCUAAGACCAUUGUGCGGUGUGAGAUCAGUCAAUUCAUCAAUGAAGUCGCAGUCCUCUCUCAGAUAAAUCACAGAAAUAUCGUGAAGCUCUUUGGAUGUUGUCUCGAAACCGAGGUUCCACUGUUGGUGUAUGACUAUGUAUCCAGUGGCUCACUGUCUCAGGUUAUUCAUGCCGAUUCAAGCAUUGGCCUUUCUUUGUCUUGGGGUGAUUACUUAAGGAUUGCCGUAGAAACAGCAGGGGCUCUAUCUUAUCUCCACUCUUCAGCUUCGAUAUCAAUCUUCCAUCAUGAUGUGAAGUCCUCAAAUAUACUCUUAGAUGUGAACUACACAGCCAAAGUUUCAGAUUUUGGCGCGUCCAGAUUGGUUCCGAUUGAUCAGACACACAUUGUCACGAAUGUGCAAGGUACAUUUGGGUACUUAGAUCCAGAGUAUUUCUAUACCAGGCAGCUGAACGGGAAGAGCGACGUCUACAGUUUUGGUGUGGUACUAGUGGAGUUGCUUCUCAGAAAGAAGCCUGUUUUUACAAGUGAAUCAGGCACCAUCAAGGGCUUGUCAAGCUAUUUUCUCCAGGAGUUCAGUGAGGGGAGAAUCACGGGUAUUGUUAGUUCCCAGGUCCUAGAGGAGGCAACUGAGGAAGAGAUCAACGGUGUCGUCUCUCUUGCAGAGCGGUGCUUAAGUCUGCGUGGUGAAGAAAGACCCACCAUGAAACAGGUGGAGACGGAACUACAGACUCUACGGACAAAACGGAUGAACUCAUCUCAGCCUGAUCCGAGAAAUGGAGAACAGAUGCAACCGAGGCCGUUGACUCGAAGGAGUAGAUCUUCUCGGCAAUCGUCUGUACGGCCAGGAGGUAGCCAACGACGCUAUAGCUUGGAAGCAGAGUUCUUGUCAUCUGCUAGCCUACCACGUUAG